AACCACCAAUAAACAUCAAAGAAGAAGAAGAAACACAUGGGAUUGUCUCAAUAGACUGGAUUUGGAAUGGAGCUGUAAAACACGUCGAAAUGGACUUUCUUUUUAUACUCAUUUUUAUUUUCUUUGUGUAUAUACUCCGUGUUCAGUGCGAGAGACACCAUCUCCUCUAUAUUUACACUGCGCUCACCAAACCUGAUGGGUUCUCCGGUCCUGUGUUCAGUGCAGUGGGUCUGUGUAAUGGCAGACAGAUUUCUUCCUACAGCAAUGAAGAACAAACCUGGAAAAGAGACUGUUUGGAUUCAGAAAUCUGGAGAAACACCAAAGAACCUCGUGACCCUAGAGACUGGUUCAUGAAUCUGGUUAACACUCUGACAAACUGCACAAGCUUCACGUGUGACGACCUCCAUACACUACAGAGGAGAGUCGGCUGUGAGGUGGACAGACGUCCAGAUGGAUCAGUGAUGAAUGUGAAUGCAUUUGAUGAGUAUGGAUAUGAUGGAGAGGAUUUUAUUGCCUUUAAUUUCGGCACAAUGCAGUGGAUGGAGAAAAGCCCAAAGGCAAAAGAAACCAAAAUGAAGUGGAAUAAUCAGCGAGUUCGCAGACAAGUCCUGAAGAUGGACCUCAAGAACUGCAUGAACUGGAUCUCCACGUUUAAUGAUUCAGUCAGAGCUCCUCCAGCUCUUCACAUGUUUGCAUCUGAAGAUGCUCAUGACCAAAGCGAGCUGAUUCUGAGCUGUCUGGCCACUGGCUUCUACCCCAAACACAUAGAGAUGAACAUCACGCUAAACAACAUUACACUACUACAACCCUUCAGCUCUACUGGAGUCAGACCCAGCGAUAACCAAACCUUUCAGAAGAGAACCAGCGUGAAGAUACACAGAGAUGAGAAACAGGGUUAUGAGUGUCAUGUUCUUCACAGCAGUCAGACAUUUUUAACAUCAUGGGAUGGAAGUCUGGAAUCUAGAAGGCAUUAUUCGCUGGCAGGAUUAAUUGCAGGUGCUGUUGUAUUUUCAGUGGCAGUCGUACUCCUCAUACUUUUAAUCUACAAAGGGUUAAAUGGCCAGAUGAAUUCUGGUUCAACCAGAAGUGAGAACAUCAACACAUGGUCAGCGGAUCCCCUGACUGCAAGUGGUUCAUGUGAGAGCAGUGAAUGAGAAACACACUGGUGCAGAUGAUCCAGGCAUCACUUCAUAUUCAUGUUCUUCAGUGAAAAGAUCCUGGAUGUAUCCUCUACCAUAAUAUCAUGACUGUUGUUUUAACGACACUAUGUGUGUCACUCGGUGUGCAGAAACCAAACAAAAAGCUCAAGAGUGCAAGCAUUCUCUGCAAGACAUAGCCUUGCGAAAUGCUAGAAGUUCCCAAAGUUCAAGAAAAGAUCCAAAAAUGCCCCUGUAUGAGUUAUUGUCUCAUAUUUAUAUCAUAUAAUAUAGUUAAGCAAUAUCACAUGAGCAAUUUCUCUGGGUAAUUUCUCAGCAAAUUUCGAUGUGUGAUUAAUAAUGCAGCGAUUAAUUAAUCUAAUUAACUGCAUGAGUAAUUAAUUGGAUAAAAAAUUAAUUGAUUAACAGCCCUAUACACACACACACACGCAGAUUCUGUUACUGUUAAACUUCUAUAUAAUUUCUUGCAUAAAUUUGAUGCUGUGUUGCUGUCGUUACAUCCCUGAAUGUUCCCUCUCCGGUAAUCAAAGGCUAUUUAAUAUACAUUUCGGAUGUAAAUAUAUGGAGCAUAUUAAGAGUUCAAUGAAGCCUUAAUACAUUUUUUUUUUGUAUCUAAGAAAGAUUGUUUGAACUUUAUUUUAUUCUUUUCUGUGCCUCUAUUGCCAGAAGCACCAGCUGUGCACAAGCCACAACUUAGUCCAGUUGUGUCAUAAAUAUUUCAGCAUUUCGCUACUAAAGAACCUCCGACCAGCAUUAACGAAUGGAAAUAAAUAGCAGACUGUUAUCAUUGCAUAAAUCUGAGCCUGGCAGACUUUAGUCUUGUAGGCAUGUAUGAUGAUGCUGAAAUCUUAAUGACUUAUUAGCUAACGACUGCCUUUUGUUUGUGACAAACUAACUAGUAGUUAUUUCCCUGGCUGGUGUGCUACCAUCUUAAUUGUAUUAUGGACUAUUAUGGACCAGUAUUUUACAAUCCUUGUCCUGGAGUACAUCGUGCAAUGUUGAGGUGCUUCAGAACCAGGGGAAGACAUUUGGUUUAAUUUGAUUCUUUCCUAUUGUUAGAUCGAGUCUCCAUCACUAGACAAUUAAGAUCCGGCCCUGGAUGCCAGAUCCCAUCAGAAAAUAUCCAUUUAUCCAUCCAUAACUGAACAACUAGUCAGCAGAGCUGUUGAUACCCAAAGCCUGUUAAAAGUCUUGUCUGGUACCCAAAAAUACCCCAAAACGCAUGUGUAACAGUCUUCUGUCAGUUAAGUUGACUGAGAAAAGCCAGAGAAGAGCAGAAGCAGGAGACGAAGUGAUGGUAAAAAAGGAGCAGAGUUUAUUGUACAAUCUUAAUUGUGUAUGUCUCAAUGCAUCUGACGAGCACAGAUUCAACAAGUGUUAUUAUACACAACAACAUCACCUCAACCUUCAGUUUCCAUAAACAUUCCCUCUUUACUCUUAUUCAUACAGAUAAAACAGUUCAUGAAACCCCACAAUCAUGAGAUUGAACAAUAAUGGAAAUGCAUAAGCAAGGCGAAUGAAAAAUAUGAAAUAUAGAAGCAAAAUAAUAAGUGAAUAAAUAAUAAAACACUUAAAAUAUAAUCAAAUGAUAAAUUAUAUAAAUGGCUAAUGAUUAUAAAUGAUUAUGAGUAAAUGAUUUUAAUGAAUGAGUAAAGAAUAAAUUAAUAUUUAAAAAAGAAAUAACUUGGUUGCUCUUUUGAAGCUGUGGUCUGCUUCUGUUUAAUAUGUUAAUAAAGAAUUAUGUCCCAUGUUGAAAGCAAUUGCUGAUAUUUGUGUAAUUUAUUUACCUUUUGACGUUGUGUUUUGUUCUUAAAAUACUGAAUCCCUAUCUUUUUGAAUGUAGUGAAUGGUAGUAACAAUUAUGUAUGCAAGUCUCAUUUGUGGUUUCAUUACAUCUUUAUUCAUUGUAUUUCCAUGGCUGCUCCUCCUUGUUACAAAAGGAACUUUACAAUCGCUUCAGAGAAUGUGUGUUGUCUAUUUGUAUCAUUUUCAUUUGCACUACAAAUAGUACAUGCAUUGUACAAGCUGAAGUUUGUGUAGUAUGUAUGUUUUUCUUUUAUGUUGUCUUUCACUGUUGUAAAAAAAUAUAUUUUUCAUCUACACAAGAACUAAAUUUCUUUCUUCUAGAAACCACAUUGCUGUUGGGCAAUAAAU